AUGGUUGUAAUCAACCCCGAGCCCGCCGCCCUCUCCGCAGAGGAUCUGUCGCUCUUCUACACGACAGACGAGCUGCUCUCUGAUUCCCCCGUGCUCAUCUUCUACGGACCGACGGCCACCUCCACACAGGCGACACAUUCGCGCAUCCAGACCCACGUCUUCACACCAGCCGGCCUCCAGAGCUUCGCCCGCCUGAUUAUUUCGCCGACGGCUACCUACUACAAUGCCGUCACAUGUCUGCCGCGCGAGGAACAGGGCGACGAGAUUUGUCGCGGUCUCGCCUUCAGCCUGUACAAGUACUUCCUCGAGUUGCCCUCGGAGAUCAAGAGCGCUUGGGAGAAGCGAUACAACUCCUCAGACAACCUGCCCAUGGCCCCCAGGCUGUUCUCCGAGGCGCACGCCGCCAUCGUCGCUGCCAGGAUGAUCAAGGUUGAGAAUGUCGCAGAUGUCAUAGUAGAUGUGCGCCAUGCUUUGGGCGAGCAGACGCUGUCCUGGAUAGAUUUGGAUGUAGUCCUACCACAGGGAAGCAUCCAGAAGCUGGAAACACGCGAGUCGGGCCAAUUUGAAGACCUUGAAGAAGAUCUGGUUAAACAGCGGUACGGACAGUACGCACCCGUCGUCAAGCUAUUUGGAGAUGCCGCCUUCCUCCCCACAUCCAGACUCCGCCGCGCGCCCUCGAAACCAACCGCCCUCAACCGGUCACAGUCCUUCUCAAGGAAACAAAAAGAGACUCUUCGGCGAGAGAUGUGUGAGCUUUUGGAUACGGAGGAAAAUUAUGUGAGCAAGCUGGACGAGCUGGUCCACACUGUAGCGGUCGAAUUCCGAGAGAAGGCGAAGCAAAGGUCAGGCUCGAGUUCUAGCCCCACCGAACAGGCGCUACGAGGCUUGUUCCCUCCUAGUCUUGACAAGAUACUCGAAGUCAACUCCAAAUUCCUGGAUGCUAUACGUAUCAUCUUAGAGGAGUCCGAGAACGGGGCGAUCGAGGAUAUCGAGACAGCAACAGAUGACGUCUAUAUCGCACCGUUGCGUGGACAGAAGGACGCACCAGAUGUCACUGGAGCUGCAGCUGUUGCCAGAGCUCUUCUUGAGUGGCUACCACAGUUCGCCGACUGUUACACCGACUACAUGGCUGCUCAUGGUGACUUCUCACAGCUGCUAAAGCACUUCACAAAAGAACCAGCCUCCAGCUUCUCAAAAAGGGUCUACGAGACGGGCGAGCAACGACUUACAUCCAUGCUUAUCGAGCCGGUUCAACGCCUACCGCGAUACAAUCUGUACAUUGACAACAUCAUCAAACAACUUCCAGUUAGACAUCCUGCAAUCAGGUUGUUCUUGAAGGCGAGGGACAUGAUCUCGGAUAUAUGCACAAGAGAGGGUCCUACAGCAGCGCAAAUCAGGGUGUUUGAUCGCUUGCGCAAGAUGGUCAGUUCAUGGCCAUCCGGAUUCAAUCCUAAAGGGCGGCUCAUCUCAGUCAUUGAUUGUGUGGAGCUGUCUCCGCCAUACCAUGGUGAACUGUCUGGACCUGCUACGGUUUCCGGUAUCAUGAUAAUCUUUACAGAUUUCUUAGUGCUUCUUCAGAAGUCGGAGGACAGCUCGAUCAAUGCACGUGGCUUGCUCGCUGAGUUAGAUAACCCCAAGUUCGCCGAAUCCUAUGAUGGUACUACGGAACUCUCUUUCCACCAAUAUCUGGGUCUCAGCGAUAUCUUCGUCAGUGAGCACUCGGAGGGAAAUAUCCUACAACUAAUAUCCUCUGUGCCACUCGCCAAUCAACCCGGACGUCCAAGAAGUCGAGAACGUCAAAAGCUUGGCAUUCGCAUGUUCUACCUGCAAGGCGCCUAUGAGGGUAAAGGGCACAAGGUCACCGAAGAACUUACCAAAGCUCGCGUUGAAGGCAGGUUUUCGGAAGCGGAGCGGGAUGGCGGCAAAUGGGACGUCCGAAACUUGCCAGGCGAUCUGAGCUUCUUUUCAUCUGUGGCUGAGGAGACUGGUGGUCAGUAUGUUGAAGGUCGAAGAGAACCUGCGAGAGUACAGAUUCUAGUCGAAGGGUCAAAGUUCACCAAGCCCAUUUCAGUGGGAGACAAUGGUGUCGAGCUUACCGUCACAAUUACCAUGCUCGGAGACGGACUCUACCUGCUAGAGUCAAACGGUGCCAACGGCUACACGGCACGCGACAAACUUACCGACCAAGAGUUUCGACCUGUCCUCACGAAGCGACUUGCCAACUACUUCCAAAUGCGCAACAGUGUUAAGAAUCAUGUGCUAGCCGAGGCGUAUCUCUUGCGGAACAAGCAAAUACUCAAGUCACUUGCCUUGGAGAUGUAUGAGGCAGAACAACAAACAGGUAGCAAGAGCCGGCCACACUCUCCAGUAAAGAUGCUGUCUAGUUUCUUUGGCGGUAGCGUGGGUAACUUCAGUGGCAGCAUAAAUCGUGAAGGAGGAGGUUCCCGCAGACUUCAGCGAAAUGCUCAUACUAUGGGAGAGAUACCACGUAUGGCGCCUCCUGUUCAACUUGGCUCAACCCGUACGUACAGUCAUGACGGGGACAUGUCACGCCCUACUUCGUCCAGCACUACGAAGAGCAUUACUUUCAACGGUGCCGCGCCGACUGAUCCCUUCGCGAAGCUCGAGGAUACCUUGGCCAACCUGACUCUAGCAUUGCACGCACGCAAAGGCAACAUUGUUGGACGUUCCGUCCGCGCUAGAGCUGUCGCAGAUGAACUUGUUGUCAAUGAGCUGUAUAACACACUCCUGGAAAACCCAACUAACCUUGAACUUGCAGGGCAAUCCUCGGUGGAUGUCUUGUUCGCAGUGUUUGAGAAGUUCCUGAGCGUUGCUUGGAAAGAGAGAAUGGGCCCUGUGCUGUCGCAUGCCACGUUGGUCUCUUUACAGAUGCGAUCAGACAGCAUGCCACCUGAUGAGUUCGAGGAGUUUUUCAAAUACACCUUCGAUCAAUUCCAACCUCCCAAUCAACGGGCAUUCCGGGCAGUCAUCAAUCUCUUGGCGGAGCUGCUGGAUGGUACUAGCAACGAUGGAGAUCGAGGUAUCCUCACUGCAGCAUUUGCCGAGAUGCUAGUGCCUGCAGGCAAUGCAAACGAUUUCAUAUCUCUCAUGGAUCGCCUGGUCCAGGAUAUCGAUGCACUAUUCCCGGCUGAGACACCUGGUUUCAAUACCCCAAACUGGGGCUCCAUGGACUCCAAGAGUCGAUAUGCAGCCGCGGGCUCGCUCAACUCCAACACGUCAUUGAGGAGGCGUUUUGGAUUUGGCACUUUGGAGCGAGAGAACAGCAAGUCGGAGAAGGAGUCCAAGGUAGGCUCGCUCUGGCGCUCUCUUAGCAAGAACAGCCACGGAACAGACCUCCAACCACCCAGCAUGGGAAGGUCUGGUCCUGGGCACCUUGCUCGUUCUAACUCAAUAGACGCUGCUGCUCGCUUGUCGCCGAAGCGUCCGUCUUCUCGCGAUCGUCCAACUGUUCUUGGCGCAUUCACGUUUGAGAACGCGAACUCAAAUCCGAAUCCAAGCUCAAACACUAACGGCCGAGGAUUCGUGGGCAAUCUUGGGACUAUUGGAGAGGUACCUCCCACUGUUGGGCCUCCCCGCAAGAAGCGCCGUUCUUCUUUGAGUGAUCUCAAGACACUGCAGGAUGCUGACGAUGUGCCCGCGUGGUCCCCACAGACUCCUCGCAAAGCUGAUCCUUCAUUACGCCAUGAGAAUCGGCAAAUCAGUGACUCCCCCUUGGCUCCUGCGGCCGCUACGAUGGCGCUCCACAAGCACACAUCAUCGAUACCGACGCCUACGCGACUCGGUUCACCAUUGCGGGUAGACAGACCGGAUAAGAAAGAGAACGUACCUGCUGUCGGGACAGAGCGUCCAGCCCACGUAAGGGGCAAAUCGGUUACCAUGAAGCCGGAUGUCAUGGAUGAAGUAACAAUCAAGUCGAACAGUCCUACGAAAAAGCGAAGCGAGACUAUCUCUGGAAUACCUAAUCCUCUGAACCUUCCAAACAAUUCGAGUAUCCCAAACCUAAGGCCGACUACCAGUGCUGGUUUGCACGAGCGUAACGGGUCUGGUAACGCUGUCAAGCUACCACCUUCGACGCCACGGUCUCCAACCAAACCGAGCACUCCCUUGACAGGAAACUCUCCCAAGAAAUUGAGAAUGCAAUCGCCGCAAAAGCUGCGCGAGCGACUGCAAACUCAGCAACGCGAUAUAGACACAGCUUCGCAAGCUCUGCAGAACGAGCUGAGUGCCAUCGGCCAGGAGCUGAGUGCUAGAAGCACCCCACGCCUGACGACUCAGAGCUCGGCUCCGUCAUUAAUAACAGGAGGCACGCCUUCAAGGUCAGCUGAACAUCGCAUUGCCACACUGGAGAAGCUCAAAGCCACGUUGGACACUCUAUCUGCACGCACAUCAGGAAUAUCAAACGAUGUUACUUCGUCACUACAAGUUUCGGAAGCACGAUGCAAGCACCUAGACCAGUUAUACCGUGACGUCAAUGCCGAGAACGAAGCAUUAUACGCGCGCUUCAACGAAGAACUGGAGAAGGUGACAAGCAGCGCUCGCAAAGGAAGGGCUAGCGAAGAAGUAGAGCGACGAUUGAAGACGAGCGAAGAGGAGCUUGCGCGCCUGCGAAAAGAAAACGCACGAUUGAAGAGAGAGAAUGCUGGUUUGAAGGCGCAAAUCAGAGAGCGGGAUCUCGAUGUUGACCAAGUCGUACAGUCUGCUCAGCGUAAUUAA